UUCCUCUUCCUUGAAUAUCUACAUUUCCACCUAUUUCUUCUUGGAUUCACAAUACUAGGUGUCUUGAUAACUUACUUCGCCGUAUUGGCUACAUUAUACACCUACUGGACCAUGUGGAGUGUCCAACUCCGACCGCACCCGGCGCGGUUGCUCCAAAAGCCCAGUCGAGCUUUCGCCAGCUCUCUCACUAGAGGACGAGUAAACCCUCGCGGCCCGCGCAAUUCAAUCCGAAGGCCAGAGCUUAUCCGGAAACCAGGAGCUUCGCCGCGGCAACCUGAAACGUCGAAUCCGCAGACAGAUCAACCCAGCUCUGUCAAUACAAACUAUGACCCCGCGCACAACACCCUCCUGGCCCCAGUCCACAUCCCAGAAGACCCCAAUGGCGUGCUCAAAGAAACGCAUCCGGCUACGAAUCUUCUGGUGAACUCGGGGUUGGUGGUGCAACGGCAAUUGGAGAUGAUGAAUGUGAUGAUUGGUUUCGAACAAGCCAACAAAUAUGUCAUUAUGGAUGCGAACGGGAAUCAUGUUGGGUACAUGGCGGAGCAGGAACGGGGCAUGGGUAACAUGAUGGCGCGGCAGUGGUUUCGAACCCACCGGAGUUUCGUGACGCAUGUAUUCGAUAAGCACGAGAAUGAAGUGUUGCGGUUCCACCGUCCGUUCGCCUGGAUCAACUCUCGCAUCCGUGUGUAUGAUCCUCUCGAUGUCUCCAACAAUGUCCACUCCACCUCGACCGGUCUCCAGAACGUUUCGUCGGGCGCCCUUACCCAGGCCACCGAUGCAUCCAAUGCUAGAGUCUCGCCGCUCGGGUUCGACGAGAUGCGCGUGAUCGGAGAGGCCCAGCAGCAGUGGGCGCCGCUACGGCGCAAAUACAACCUCUUUACCUACCACCACUCCCCCAACCCUGCCACCGACAUGGGUUCUACGCAAUUGCCGCUUUCGCAGUCUGGACUCUCCCAGAUGCAGCAACUGCAGUUGAUGCGAUCCGCCGGAGGUAGUGAGGAUAUGGGACAGUUCAGCCAGUUUGCCUAUGUGAACGAGCCUUUCCUGUCGUGGGAUUUCUCCCUCCGUUCGGCGGAGAACCAGUUGAUUGGCUCGGUCAACCGUGACUUCUCUGGAUUUGCUCGCGAGAUGUUUACAGAUACGGGAGUCUACGCGCUCCGAAUGGAUUCGGCCGCUCUCGCCCCUGGACAGGCACCAGGGCCGAACGACGCCGCCACGGGGAUGACCCUGGAUCAGCGCGCCGUCAUGCUGGCGACCGCCGUGAGUGUCGAUUUUGAUUAUUUUAGUCGCCAUAGCAAUUCGGGCGGUUUCGGGUUUAUGCCGCUCUGGAUCCCCGGUAUGGGCGGCGAAGCAACCGCCGGGGGCACCGCUGCCGGGACCGCCGCAGGCGAAGCUGGGGCGGUGGGGGAUGCCGCCGCGGGGACCCUUGGCAGAGCUGGAACCGCUGGAGGACUGGGCGAAGGAAUGGCAGCGGGGGCCGCCGGGGCAGGGGCCAUGGCUGGAUACGAUGCCAUGUCCCGGGGCAUGACGGGGGACAGCCAGGCACAGCCCCCACCCGAUCAGCCGCCGGCUCCCAUGGACCAGCAGCACCCGUCGGCGGGGCCAACCGGUCCUUAUGGGGACACCUGGGGUGAACAAGCCGAGAAAGACCCAUGGGGUCGGGGUGAAGAGGUCGAGAAAGACCCGUGGGGUCGUGAUCAAGAAGAUCCCUGGGGGGCCGAAGACCCCUCGGACGGAGGUGAAGGCGGUGGAGAUGACUUUGACUGGUUCUAAUGCAUGUAAUAGAUAGCUCGCUCGAUAUUCCGGGCCUUUGUACUAUAUUCAAGGAGAUAUCAC